UUGUUUGACAGGUUUUUGUUUUCAAUUUUAUUUUCAGGGAAUAGAUGUGUUGUCUGAUAUGUUAGUUGAAGAUAUGUCUCUGAUCAAGUAUGUGAAAGAUGCAGGACUGGUACUGUUUCUGUGGGGAGAAGGUUGCAAUGAUAAAAGAAUGAUUCAAAAGUUCAAGGAUGCCAAAGUUGAUGGUAUUAUAUACGAUAGAAUUGAUUUCUAUAAAACUGGUGAGAAAGAAAGUAUAUUUAAACUAGAAGAAAAGAGAAAACUUGAUAUACUUCAAAGAGUAGGUUCAAUAGUUAGGACAGAUGGGCACCAGUCAGAAGAAUCAAUAUCUAGGACACAAGAUGGAUACACAGAAGAAAGAAACACAAAUAAUGACAUGAGCGACUCUGGUACAGACUCUCAAUGAAAACAUAUUUUAUGCCUCUCCUCCUGGAUAAUCCGUACCAAACAAGUUUUUAGAUCACCUUAGGCCUUUGGCAGAAAAUGCCUUUUUGUUCAGAAGUGAACUCUUGCGAUAGCAAUGUGUCCUUUGUGCAAUUAUUUUUAGCUCGACUUUUUUUUUUUGAAAAA